AUGGAGAAGAAGAGAAAGCUGCCGCCCCGGGCAGCAGCUCGUGUUGAGAGUGCUGCCAAGCGAAGGCAGUCGACGCCUCGAUCAGAAACACCGGCUUCUGUACAACCGCCUGUCGAGGAGCCGGUUCCCUCACAACCACCGCCGACGCCUCCGCCGUCGCUACCCAACUCCGUCCAGCCUGGCAAGCCACUGCCGACCGUGGAGGAUGCGCAAAGCGACGACCUGUCUUCUAAGGAGUAUCAGUCAGUAGGCGAGAGUGGUGUGCUCACGGAAUCGCUAUCUCGGUCACGGCAGAAAUGGACCCACGAAGGACUUUUCGAGAAAUACUGGACAAAACCACACAAGCGUAAAGGUGUGGUCCACGAAGAUCCUAAGAAUCCGCCAAAAGACAGCAUGACCAAGGUCGGGGUGGUCACGAUUACAAUUGAACCGCAUGUUGUGGAGGCAACAAUGUACGUUGUGAAGGAUCCUAAGCCUCGUUUACCGCAGAACCAGCCGCAGCCGCAGCAGCAACCGCUGCCGCCAAACCGACCUAUCAUUCAGUAUGGCCCUCCAAAUGGGACGAUGCCUUCACCCAAACCCGGAGCAGCAUCCCCCGCCCCGGAAUCUGCGGCUGCCAGACCUGUGGCUUCACCAGCGAACCAAAAUGCAGCACCGAUAUCGCCGGCGCCUUCAAACAGUCACGUUCAGGUGCCAGCGAAGCCGACGAACCCUGCUGCUCCCCCGACACCAACAACCAACAAUAACCCAGUACCACCACCAGCAGGGUCUAGCUACCCCCCUAGACCGCAACCUCCGCCUGCAACUCCUGCAAAAACCGCACCGCCAGGACAGCCAACGCCGACUGUUGGCCCAGUCGCAACACCAUCAUACCCCCCUAGGACAUCGACACACACAACCCCUGGCCAGGCAAUGGCUCCGCCAGCUGCAACACCAAUGGCGGCGCCGCGGCCCCCAACCGCUGCACAUCCCGCACCGGUGCCGUCUCCUGGGCUGAAUAAGCCACCAACAGCGCCAGCUCCUGCAGCAAAACCUGCAGCCAAUGACCCCGUGAUUGCUUUGCUGGCGCAAAAAGCUUCAGGGGAUGUUGAACUCCGGGACUUAAUGAAGAGAGUGGCUGUCGGACAGGCAAAGGAAGGGGAGCUUGCCCAUUUCCAGAAGAUCAUUGAUCAGUUGAAUGCUGAAUAUAAAAGAAAUGGUGGCCAGCAGGGACCCUCUGCCGAUCGGUUACUUGUCGAUGGAAGAACCGUCAAAUAUUUUGCAGAGGAAGUACGAGCUAUCCUUGAUAUUGUUCUAGCCUCCAAUCCCUCGCAGAAGUCUGUGGAUUUAAGGCCACCACCUCGCAGUGACCCCCUCGUCGUCUUGCUUGUGAAGGAAGCUUUGGACAUUGACAAGACAAGAGAUAUCAUCAGGAGGAUUGCCGAAGGGCGACCUGGUUACACUGAUUCAACAGACCUGAGGGACAUAUUGGAUAGAUUACAUAAAAGCAUGAAGGUCUUGCCCAAGAUCCCUCCUGCGACGCCACAAGCGAGGCAACCAGCUCCAGCAGCUACUCCAAAUGGCUUGACCCCAAACGGCGGCCAGGCCCGCGGUCUGACCGCCCAUUCAGCAGCACAUCCCAACGCCCAAACCUUGCGGUCCAAAGGGCCCGCGCCUGCUCCAAAGCCAGACAUUUCCGCAGUUUUAUUCGACUUUGGUACGGGAGAUCGGUACCGUUUCCCCAAAUUCAGCAUAUUAGAGUACCUGCCUACCUCACCCGGCCAGCAGGUCAUCGCCUCAUUCCUCAUUGUUCGCAAGGGCAGUAUCUCAGAGUAUGGAAGCGACCCAGAUCUUGACUUCUAUCAACCUAUCACCGUACGACUAUAUGCGAGCACAGGGAGGCAUUUGGAAAACCUAGCCCGCGUGGUGGCUCCCCAGGAGGAGGUUCGGCGGUACAUGGAUGAUGUAAUGGACAACAUGACGCGUGCCGAGUAUGUUUUGCUCGCCAUGCGUCUCCCUCACGCACCUAAGGACGGCGAUAAGGAGCUCAACGGCAACCACAGCAAUGAGGAGUCCAAGACAGCUAGAUCCACCCCGCAGGCUGCGGAUACCGAUCAGGAGCAGUCCGUAGGGUCGGACAAACCCUCGGUGCUGUGGGCUCCCGCGGCCCCCUCAAAGAAGGGUUCGGCCUCGCGGCGCCUUGGCAAGUACCGUGAUCACGAUGAUGAAGCCCAGCUGCAGUAUCAAAAGUUGAUUGGCUCCGUGGCGGCGAAGGAGACUGAGGCUGAGUAG